AUGGACUACCCGUUUGGCCUCGACCCCUUCACGUGUCGACAGCACCUCUUGCACCACCACUACCUGCCGUUGGUGUCGGUGCACGCGUCCCACCACUGUGACGUGCUUUUGCAGCGGGUGUUGGGCGUGCUGCUGGUGCUGGUGCUCCAGGUGCUCCGUCCCUACGGUAACAACGCCAAGUAUAGCGUCCCCCGCCAGAACUACAAGAUCGUCAACAACCAGUUGAUCACCAAGAGUUACCACCUGUUUCCCGUGAGGUUUGGUCCUCCUGCCAAUGAGCUCAUCGACUUGCAAAAGCAUCAAGGGUCCCAGCAGCUCUUUCUGUUGACUCAGCUCGAAAUGUUGCUCAAUCAGGCAGCCCACGACGGCGACACAAACGAUCUCUACCUUAAGUUGUUUGACAAGGUGGUGCUGACACAUAAAGUGGUCCCCUUCGAAACAUUCAACCACCCUGUUGCCCAGGUGUUUUUCGUCGAAUACGGCAACGAUACCUUAGAGCUGCUUCGCCAGGCGCUUGUUGAAUUCCGCAAUUACGCUUUCCCCAAAUACUUUCAGUUAGAUGACGUGUUGAUGCACGUCUUCGUCGUCUACGACCCGCAAACGGUGUCCAGUGCAAGUGUCCACCAAUUCCAACAGGAGAUUAAGCUGAGGCUAUCUCUCGUGUCAACAGCGUUACCGGUGGAUGCUAGCGAUGAUGAACCCACUCCGCUUUCCCCUGACCAGCCGCUGAUUCGCCCACGCAGUGGCACCGCCAACUCUAUGGCGCUGACAGGGCUGGCCACGGCUAAAUUCCUUAAAGUGCCCCUCUACGACGGCUCCACCAUCACUGAGGAUUUACAACGCCUUUCUCUUGGCGACAGUCAAGGGCCAGAGUUCAUCCAAGUCCCCAAACGGUUUGACCGCACUUUGAGAACCACCCUCCACGAAUUCUUAUCGAAAUAUGUCAUCGCUCACAUGCAGUCAAAAACCCGCCAGUGGGACGACGUCUACCUCCAGCCCAAACGAAGCAUUACUCUGAGGUUUUUCAGCGCCUCGAAGCGAAUGUUCAGCGGGUCCCGGGAGGGUACUCCUGAACCGACGACGCUGCUGGGCCAGUAUAAUUCUCACGAUCAAUACUACCAUCGUCUGAGUCCCGAACAGAUUAUCCGCAAACUUGCUGAUUGGCUGUUAGCGCUUAAGGACUUCAAGUACGCCUAUCUGACCUACGAUCUCAUUAAGAAGGACUACACCACUGAUAAAGCCUGGCUGUAUGUGGCGCUGACACAAGCGAUGUGCUGCAUCCUGCUUCUUCUCAGCCACACGGUGCUGCUGGCGCCGGCAACCCCGCAUGACCGUAACACGUUGCGUAAGAUUCGCCACGAUAUCAUCGAGCCCUACAUCGACAGUUGUCUCUACACGUUAAAGCUGAGACUCGGGCUUAAGACAUUUGCUCUCCGCACCCUCGUGGUGGUCGUCGAGCUUCUCCUCUGCUUCGGGGUGGCGGCAAACUUACUGGGUUGGUGGAGCGAGUUGAUCCAGCGGUACCUUGUGCUCUGCAUUAACGACGUUGACGGUCACUUGGCGGCUAACAACUAUAACCUGCUGACGGUGGUGCGGGCGUUGAUCUACGAGCGGGCCGCCUACUCUCUUGGUCGGUGCAUAUUCCUCAGUGACCUCAACGUGAUCUCCUUUAACGAGCUUAUCAUUAAAAACGUACUGCACCAGGUCCCCGCCACCAUCACUGACCACCUGAACAUCAAACGGAUCACGCUGAAUGACGAACCCGCCGAGUUUGAGGCUCAGGCGGAUGGCCAAGCGAGCGAAGAUGGUGACGAUCCUGGCUACUACGUCAACCACGCUAAAGUUAACCCCGCUAAUAACGCGGCCAUUGCCGGAAAGACCCGCUACCGCCAGCUGGCGCUUUGGUACUUGCUUGCCGUGCGUGAAUGGCUCAAUAUGAAGGCGUACACCCACGUGGAUACGGUGUUUAAUAACAUCAAGUUGGUGUACGACGUGAGCACCAUUGACCCUGAGCGGUGGUACGACCGCGCCGAUCUCUUGCUCGGCUUCGCCAAGCGGCUGGUGGAGGAGUACUGUGACGGGAGAGAACACAGAGUGUCGGCUCUGUAA